GUGGUAUACGCACGUGCCGAUUUCAACCAGCGAUUAUGGAACUCCCAUACCCCUUGCUAUACGUGUUUCUUCUAUCAAUAGCAACGGCCAAGGGUAUUAACUGGCCAUGCGACGAUUAUCAAGCUAAUUUCACCGUCAAAGAAAUGGUAGGAACUUGGCAUGUGGUCGCUAUAAUACCAGAAAAAUUGUUCCCUGAUAACCGAGACAAGAUAACAUGCUAUAAAGUGGAUUUCAGCGAAACAGAUGCGGCUGGUCUACAAUGGCUUGUGAACAACACCGUAGGAAGUAAACAUAAAGUAGACAGAUUAACUGAUUCCGAAGGUACCAUUAUAAGACAGCGAUAUCAUUCCGAAAGGCCCUUCGAUGUCUGGUCAAUGUCUAUUGACGGUGUCAAUGGAUGCUUCCGACAAGUUUUGUCAUUGGAUACUGACAAGACUGAACUUAGCAAAGCUAUAACACACGACGAUAUAAUGCAACUCCAUUUGCUGGAGACGAACGACCAAGCAGGUCCUUUCCUACUGCAGAUGUUGUGGGGCAGAAUGAUUUCUGUGGUCGUAUACCGACGACAAGAGGGUGUGACUCAAGAGGAAUUAAAGCCAGUUUACGAAAUGACGAGCGCAAUUCGCGGACCUCAGAGAAUUCCUCGUAUCUGUGACCGUCCUUACCGAGACGCGUUGAAGGACAUAUGAAAGUUUCUUAAAUUAUUUUAUAUGACAAUCUAAAAACUUGUAAAGAGAUUUUUCUAUUGUCAUAUAAAAUAAUGAUUUGCUGUGUGCCUUUGUGUUUAAAUGAUGUGCUUUUUAUUAUUUAGAAUAGAAAAUAUUAUAGCUUCGUACUAGAAUAUUAAUUAUGUUAACUUACCCAAUUGC